AUGCCACGAGGGUUAUCAAACGCACCAAAGCGCAUACCCUCAUACAACAACAGUAACAACAUGUUGUUAAGGCUUCCCCUAAUCCAUCUCUGUAGGCAUCCCCCAAGCGUAUGCGCCCUAAUACAAGGGACACACUGACGCAUAUGCUUGAGGCGGAAUUCCCACAGGGAUGAAUAAGGGAGAGGUCUAAUAUUGACGGCUCCUAACGGCUCGGGUCCUGGCUCGGGGCUGGGGCGGGGCAUAGUGCCGUCGUCGCCGGCGGUGCUGCAUCACCACAAGGAGGAAGCGAAGGCAGAUCACGCGAAAAGCAAGAUCACGAUGCGGGCCGCGGAUCCCUCCAAGCAAACCCGAAUUCGAUUGCCCAAGCAUCAAUCGCGACUAAAAGAAAUUCUCCCAUGUUAAGAAUUUUUAUAUUUCUCAACAACCUUGUUGCAUCCUGCUUCACAAGAACUCCCAUAAUCUUCCUUGACAACUGAAGAAUAUUUUCCAAUGGGAAAUAAGGGGUCAAGAAGGAUCCUCAGGAUGAUCUGAAGAAUCUUGUCCGCAAUGGCGGAACCACCUCUAAUGAUGGAUCCACCCGAAAAAGAAGAAGAUUUCCUUGGCGGUCUUUCGCCGUCUCUUUUCGAUCCUGAACACGAGAUACGGCAGUACCGAGACCCGUGGUGAGAUCCCGACGUUGCACUUCGUGCGCGCGAUGCAGCGUCUCUCGAUCAUCAUCGGCGACAAGAAAAUCGCGCAGUCUUUGAAAUCCUACGACCAAGAUGGCAGCGGAACCGUGGGAUGGUGGGAGUUCGUCGCUGCGUGGAACGGCAACAGCUACGAGAUCGAGCACACACUCACGGAAAGAACUUAUUUGACGCUAGAUGAUCAAACAAGCAGCACAGGUACUACAUCAGGACUUUUAAUACUAGUAUCAAUCUACUAGAAGUACCACGUACUAUCUUCAAUCUAGAGGUUGUACCACCACGAGUAGUGACAAUAUUGAUUUCCCUCAUGUAGUACUUCUAUCAGAGCAAUUUAUAAGGUUUCACAGCUCGCAUGGCAUGAAGUGCAUGGAUCCCAUGGAGUAGCAUGGAGCUAAAGGGGGAGCCUCUUGCGCCCCUUAAAGCUCUGCGCUCCAUGCUACUCCGUGCGCCAUGCGUGCUAUAAGCUACUCCGUUCUAUCUCUAUGUCUAUCCUUCUCGGUGGAGGUCUUCAGCCCCGCCAUCGUCCCGAGGAGUGAUAGCCGCGUUAUUCUUACUUGCAAAGUGAAGCUUUACUAUCAUCCCUGUUUUUGAAGUGUCCACCAGCACAAUUUAAAACUUCACUACAUCAACAACAGUUGGUUUCUACGUCUCCACGAUUUCAUUGGGUAUGAUUAUUUUAUCUUCUGCCUCCUUCGUACUGGCGACGCUCCCCAGUAUGAUGACUCAGCGAGAGGGCUGCGGCAUGGACAGGUGCAUGGCCAGCGGUGCGGGCUCCUACACAUCCAAUUCUAUGAUCGACUACUGCAAGGAAGAGUGCGUGCCGCGACAACCGGAAAUAUUUGGCGCUUUAGAGGUUGUGUGCGUCAUCGUCUUCUCUAUGGAGUAUUUCGGACGCCUACUCACCUGCUGGGCAGUGCGACAAGAAUUCCAAAACGAUGAAAUACUGGUACUAAUACACUUAUAUAUAAUAUCAUCUAUUUUUAAUGGCUCAAGGGUAUUUUUUGUUACUACAAGCUUUGUUUUGAGUUAUAUUGUUAACUAAGUUUUUACCUCCAAUAGAGCAAACUGCUACUUUUAAUGGAGGUGAUGUUGAUGAUGUGAAGAUCAUUUCUCCACUUUCUUACUUGGUGCUUGUGCGGCUUCUUGGCUGUGUCCACCAGGUGAGUUCGUUUCUCCUGUGCUCGUCUCGACAUGACGACCCCGACCGAAAAGAGACCAAAAAUCAUACUGGGUUUUUGGGUUUUUUUCGGCCGUCCAAAACAGAAGAGCGUACAACUAAAUCUUAAAGUCUCAAGCUCCACCCUUAGGGGUGGAGGCUUCAAUUUUGAGCUCCUCUCUGAUGUCGAGAGGCCUGCCUUCCAACCUCAACUUCCACACUGCGAUUAAGUACACGACAAUCGAUGGACGACAUGGAUAGUAUCUUCCUGAUAAAUUUUCAUAGAAUAGAAGAUUGGUAUAUAAUCUUACGCUAUCCUCGUCUAAAAACAAAAACAACAACAAUAUUACUUAAAUAGUAUUAACCUCCACGAUAUCAGAUCGACAUGAUUUUGGGCGACCAAAGUCUGCGUAGCAGAGUGAAGCGGGAGAGAGUAACGGACUUUUUGCUCCAGCCACCUAACGUAGUGGAUUUCUUGGCCAUCCUCCCGUUUUACAUCGAGUCCGUGGCCGGGCAGAAUUCUCUGGAGGGCAGCGUGGUUCUUCGCGUCAUCCGCCUAGUCCGUUUGGUGCGCUUGAUGAAGACGGUAAAGUAUUUUGAGCAAUUGAGGAUCAUGGGCCGCGUUAUCCAUAUGGCUCUCCCCGGUUUGACCAUGCUCUUUUUUUAUCUGUGCCUGCUCAUCGUGUUCGCGGGCUCGCUGGUGUACCACGCGGAAGUCGGAGAAUGGAAUCCGGAAACGAACGUGUGGGAAAGGUGGAACUGGCAAAAGAGUGAGUACGAAAGCACGCCCUUUACCAGUAUUCCGCAAUCUUUUUGGUGGACAGUGGUCACUCUGACGACCGUAGGAUACGGCGACAUGGUGCCGACCUCCCUCGCAGGACAACUAGUCGGAACCAUCACCAUCUUCUGUGGAGUUCUGGUACUAAAAUUUAACGAUUUAUAUUAUAAUUAUAUUGUUAUGCAGCAUAAUGCUCAUGAGUCCCUUGUAUCACUAUAAGUACGUAGUGUAAACAAGAUCAUAAAAAAGUUGUAGUGAGCUUUCAUCGCUGUAGUUAAGUAUAAUUCUGUCCUUCUAAGUGGUAAAUGAUGUUGUAUUUGGAUGAGGUAGUAUCACCAUCUUCAUCAUCUUCUGCGGAGUUCCAUUUAUGAUGAUUCAGCAUGGAUACAACAUGUACUUUCUUCAGAGUUGUUCACUUUCUCUUCCAAGAAUCACUUCUAUUUCAUCACUUCUGCCACCAGGUGUUGGCGAUGCCUAUCAGUGUCCUGAGUUCCAGUUUUGGUGAGACGUGGCGCGAGUGGCACGAGGAGCGUCGACUUUCUGCUGCACACGAGGCCGAGGAAAGGGAGGCAAUCGAGGCUGCACUAUCCUUCCGCGACCCAAUCGCGCAAUUCCACAAAGUAGCCAUAGACAUCUUCGAUGAGGACGACCACGGCGACCACGACUUUCUCGGAGAGUGCGACAUACAUUGGGAGGAUAUAGGGACCGGACCAUGGGAAAUUGGGAAACAUGGAGCGGGGAGAAGCUAUUUGUAUCGGGACCUCAACCUCGCUCUAGUCUCAAACGACUACAAGAUCGUGGGGACCAAAAGAAAACUCAUUACCGGCACCAUAGACGUGCGGGUGUGGUGGGAGCCGAAGAAGCCUGAAAACGCAGAGAGUGGAGAGGUAAAAUUUAAAUGUAGUAGAACUUCUUCUAAGUAAGUAGUAGAGCUACAACGAUUAAUACUAAUAUUUAUUACUAGACUUAGUAGCCUCCUCCUAACACGACAUACUACUUUUAAGUAAAUUUAAUAGACCAGAAGUUGUAGUUUAGUUCUUUCGUACUAGAAGAAUUUGGAUUCUCAUUUUUGAUGCUUUAGUUUGGUCUGUAGUGGUCAUUAGCGAGCUGCGGAUUGAUUUUGAUGUAUAAUCUGACUCCGCGUCGGAGACGAAGGUUUUCAUUCUUUCGCUCGCAUUAUUUUUAUUACGAAAAAUUUAGAUGAAGAAGAUGAAGUACUUUUACCAGCGCAAAAGGAAUAGCACUUCUCCUACUGCAUGAGCUUCUUCUACCAACGCCUAUCAUCUACAUGAUUUUUAUCCACAACGACUUCAAGUACUUCUAGUGGUCUUCCAACAACACCUCGUGAAACGACUACUUGCACAAAUCAAUUUACGAUCAUUCCCAUUCCCCUACUUUCAUCUCCCCAUCGCGACCGCAAUCGUCUAGAAAACCAUCAUUACAGGAAGCGAAAGCAAUAGUUCCUUAUCACUACAUGGGGCAUGACUUACAUCCCGGGACGUUGCACGUGAAGCUGGUGCGUGGACGAGGUCUAAGAAACGCCGACGAUACCUGGUGGGACUGGGUUAUUACAAGGCUAGGCAUUGAAAAACCCGGCAGAUCGGAUCCAUAUGCACGGCUUACGUAUUGGCCAUUCUUACCGAGUACACAGGGAAUCAUCGAGGAUAUGACCGCUAGAACCAAGACCAUAUCAAACACCUUAGACCCCGUAUGGGAUCAAGGUACUGCUUGUUUCCUUUUGCUUGUAGUUUCAGUUUCACAUAAGUACUACUACAUCAUGAUCCGUUUAUUUUUGAUCUCUUCUGAUAAGUGUUGAAGAACAGGCCACCGCCUAAACCACUAAGCCAACUGCGCAGUUGGCUUAGUGGUUUAGGCGUUGGCCUGUUCACUUAUCAUCUUCCUUUAUUUUUGCUCCUACUUGUGCUGCUUGUCCUUCUAAACCUCAAGCAGAAAAGCAAAAACCAUCUUGAUCUUACUUGUAUCGAAGACCAGUCAGGGAGUAGUACUGUUCCAACAUUAGAAGAUACGUCAUUGAUGGUACAUUUAUUAGACUUAAUUUUACUAGAAGAAGAAGUUGAGUUUCAAUUUCUUGUGCAUCUUCCAUGAAAAAUCAUAAACCUCCAUAGCUUAGUGGUUAGGUUAGGUUAUGGAUCCUGCACAACGAGCCCCACCGGCACCUGAUAGUCAAAUAAUCGAAAACUGAAAAUAACUGAGUUACCGACCGAAAUAAGGGACGUAGUUUCGAAAGGCUACUCUUCCUUCUUCAGUAUCUUGGUUAUUCUCGUCUGUUGCUCGGUUAUUUCAGUUUUUCGAGUAAGAAUAACGACCCGAUCGCCUCGCACGUGAAUAACGCUAACUGCUCUUAAAUAACAGAAUUUGCGUUGGUUUAUUCCUGGAACCCGGAUGACCUUGCGCAUCUGGAAGCCGCUGCGUUGGAGGAUGCGGACCAGGCCAGCCAGGUGAGUGGUCCUCAGAUGGCUUCCACGCGCGUGAGUGGGCAAACCGCGGACCCCACGGGGUAUGGGGGAGUGCCGCGAGCGGGCGGCUUCGGGGCAGCAGGAGGAGGUGGCGCCUCGCAAGUGGAUUUAGUUUUUCAGGCAGACAUGAUCUCGUUUCGGAACGACUUUUACCUGUACAGAGAAAAAGCACUGGCAAUGCAACAGGAGCACUUAGAGGAGCUCUUUUUAGUGAAAAAGCAGCUCAGUGAAUUGAGGGACGGGAUCGAACAUCUGAAUUUGAAGGCGCUCACCGGCUCGACCAAUUUCUCGUCUCCAGCGGCGCUAAGCCACACCUACCACGGAGGCGGCGGGGGGGGGAGUACGGGCGCGGCGCUGGACCACCCUACUUCCAUGAUAAUGCCUGCGCCCUCGACAAGAGGCGGCAGCAAGUCAGACCACUACGAGCAGCAAAAUUAUAACCUCGCUUCAUCCAACGGAGGCGUCGGGGAAACCUCGAAUCAUCACGUAGUGCGCACCAGCUCGAGCACUAGCAACGGCGCGAGCCAAAUAGACAACGAUGGUACUAUGGUACUGAACACCAGUUAUAGCAAUAACAGUAUGAUCAACGGAGGAGCAGGUGCUGCACCAGUAGGUCCAGGAGGAAUGGGUAACCAGGGGCACCAGGGCAUGCAGAUGCACAAUCUUCCCGGUGCGGUCAACGUAACAGGAGUUCCGACUAGAGUCAUCGGACAGGAUUUGGGAGGUACUGGGGGGAACCUGAGAGAACGGCAAAUCCAACAAUACCAGCAGUACGCAAAUAACCAGCCAUCAGAAGAUACUGGCGGGCAGCCCUAUUGGAAUGGACUCGGACUUUGAGAAGAAAAAGUAGGAGUUUGUUGAGUCCUCGAUCUCUCUGCAUGCUCUGCCUCUUUCGUCCACUAGAUUAGGCAGCACUUCUCAAUCUCAAGAUAUUAGGGUCGUUUAUGUACUACUUGUUCACUUUGCAGCUUUUGGUCGUGUUGCAACAUCUUUGUUAGAAGUACUAACGACGUACACUAUUACUAGAAGAUCGCUUCUAAGAGUAUCUUUAUGUUGUGCAACUUCUAGCAGGAAAAUGCACAAGAACAUGGACUGGGUGCCUUCCACCUAUCAAAAUUUUCUUUGUAAAUGGCAUCGGCUAUCGAUGUUGUUGAUCCCAUAAAGAACGUCGCUGCUGAAGUAGUAGGUAGAGGUACUCUGCAGCUUUAAUAUUUAUUUUUGGUAAUUUUUUUACCUGCUCUGCUAGUUCUACUGCUCUUUCCCUUGUUUUUAUUAUUAGAUGGUGGUGGACUCCUCUAAUUGAUUAGCUUCAUGUUGAAUAACGUCGAGUGAUCUAGUUGUUGUAGUUGAAGAACUGAGGGUGUGCGAGAGUAUCGUCUACUAAGUAGUUACAACCUCGGACGAGUCAUCACGUAGUUGUUAGCAAUGGGUAUGGGACCACGUGGAGCAAUAUUUUUUAUAAGCAAUACUAGGUAAAAAUAAAUAUGAACAUGAACAUCAAUGUGUAUGUGUCAGUCUGUGUGUGACAGACAACAUAUAGUUCUACGGCAUCACCCACAACUACCACAACCAGAUAUGUGUAUGGAGUGUGUAAGUGACUCCUUCUUAUGUAUACAACAAGUGUUAGUGUAGUAAAGAAACGGCCAUAUUAUAAAUCUAUUGCAACGGAUCUUCAAUCCCAGACUGUCCUUUACCUUUUAAGUAAUAUGUUUUUAGGAGUAGUAAGCUGUACUUGUAACAAGAACGUUGUAACAAGAUUGAUGUUGUGUAGAAGAACUACACCGUGUUAGUUCGAACCCUUUUUAGUUGUGCUUGUAACUAACAUACUGAAUCAGGUGUGACAAAGAAGAAUUAUCAUGUCAUGAUGUCAUCACCUAGUACUACUAUCAAAAUUCAACGAACUACGAACUGUCUUCAUUGUAUAGUACGUACUAGAACUAGAUGAACAAGCUCAAGAACUUCUCCCGACUGGUGUGUUGUAUCUUUAUAAAUAUAUAGGAUACGACAGCAUAUCUUCAGGGUCGUUCUUACUUAGAAGUCUUACUAGUUCGGAGCGAGAAUCUCGGAAAUAGUAGGUACGACUACGAAGCUUUGUGUUAAAAUGAUGCAGCAAGUAACGAGAUCAUCGUCACGACUUGUUCUACUCACCACGACAUUUACACGAGACCAAUAUAAUCAUACCAAGAAGAACACUUUAUGAAUUCUUGUUCUUGUAACGAGACCACCAAGAUUUGACUCACGACACGACAUGAUAGCAGAGGACUCAUAUUAGACAUGCUCAAUCUUCGAAGACUUUCGAAUUAUUAUACUUACAUACUUACACACACGAACAACAAUUCAAAUGAUCAUGAUGCCAACGAAUCCAAUCUGUAUCUGUGGUCUUCUUCAAAGAAGAUGACGACAGCUUGAACUUUGACAAUUACACCACAGAUUCAGAU